AGCUUACGGAUAUGAAAACCCCAAUUUAUCUUACCAUUAGCAUCAUGAAUCCGUAACACAUCAUAGCAAGUUCUCGGAUAUCUGGAACUUUCCAUAUGAAGAAGCCUGCAGCAAUACUCUAUGCACCGGCUAUAAUAACGUACAACCUACAUCUCCUAAUCAAGCUGAUGAUGACAACUCGGAAGGACGUGGACCAAGGGUACGCCUGGGUAGCUCUGGCAGCAGCUGUCUCUAUUCAGCUUCUAGCAGGACUGGUUGCCUUUUCAUCAGGAGUCAUCAACAUCGCCAUCAUGCAAGAGGUGGAGAAUGACAUCACGGAAACAUCAUGGAUAGGUUCAACUCUAAUUGGAUCUUACACAUUACUCGGACCAUUAGCUGGUAUGGUUCAACACCGAAUUGGGUCUAAACUGACGGCGUUCGCCGGAGGAACGCUGGCACUCCUGGGGAUGACCAUUGCAUCGUUUUGUCAAACAAUCGUAGGGCUGAUCUUUACGUAUGGAAUAAUGGCGGGGUUUGGAUUGUGUUUGGGUGCCAAUGUCGUCGGCGUCAUCCCUGGACAAUAUUUUGAGAAGAAGAGACCCGCUGCCUAUGGAUUGUGCAUGGUAGGAGGAGGUAUGGGUCUGUUUGUGGCUGGCCCCCUUGCACGGUAUCUACUGGACGAGUACAAACUGCAUGGGACACUACUCAUCAUUGGUGCUAUUGCAUUUCACAUGUGCGUUGCAGCAUCCCUCAUACGUAAACCACCACUGUCCAUCAGAACUAUUGAAAUUGAGCAAAACAUUCAAGACGAAUCCGUCAAGAAGAUAGAUGCAUUGGUGGAAGAUGCUUUCUGUCCGAGAAAUCUGCACUCAGGCACUGAAAACGGAACAACUGUGGUGUCAUCUCAAUGCUUGGAAAAUUCUGAUGAUCAGCUAACAAAAACUCCCUUUCUUCAUAAAACAAACUGUUCCAGCAUUUCAAUUGAAAAGGAAAUCUCAAAACCGUGUUGCCUCAAAUCAACAUGUACUGUUCUAAAGAGUGUUUCUAACAAAUCGUUCCUUCUGUAUAACACAGCCAUCAUUUUCUGGUCAUUAGGUGACGCUGCGUGCAUAUUCCACUUACCAAAUUAUGCAGAGGUGAUGGGAAGUUCUCCAACAGCAGCUUCAAAUCUGUUAAGUGCAUUGGGUGCCGGGGGCGUGGUUGCAAGGUUUAUUAUAGGACUUUGGGCCUCCGAUUCCAGCAUGGAAUUUUCAGUGCUCCAAGUGGGUUUCCUUGGCAUUACUGGGGUGAUUACAGUUCUGUUUCCUCUGAUGUCGGAUACCUACCGCUGGCAACUUGGUUUUAGUUUCUUUUACGGGGUUUACAGUCAUGGCACGAAUUCAUUAAUGGGUCCCUUCGCAAUAGAACUGGCGGGUUUGGCGACCGUUGCUGUUGGGUUUGGUGUGGUAUACUUCUCAUGUGGAGUUGGAUACCUUCUUGGACCUGUCAUCGCGAGUAAGUUCUAUAUUGACAAACACAUUAAGGAAUUUGACACAAAUAUUUGUACCGUAUAUGUGUGUAAUUGA